UCCUCCUCCUCCUCCUACUCCAAACACACAACAACAACCACCGCCACAAACUCGCUGCUGCUCCUCCGAAACGCCCAGAUUGCAAACCACAGAGCUGCCUGCAACAGAGAGAGGGAGAAAAGGAGAGAGGGAAAAGGAGGAGGAAGCAAAAGAGCGGAGAGCAGCUGCAGCCAGCUUUCACGGGCAGAAACGACUGCACAUUGCACAGGCUGUGUCUGCCAGGAGGAGGUCGAUACGAAACUUGGGGAUUUUGCUUAACUUCAUUUUCAGGUCGUUUUCUUGUACGGUUCUAUCGUCUCGCCAGAACUACAAAGUAACUCGGUGUUGGCGAUUCGGCCUUCUGUUCAUUGAGAAAAAAAAAAAAAAAAGAGGAAAUACUUCUUGUGUUUUUCUUCUUUUAGGAAGAGAGGAGAAAACGAAAAAGAAGGAAAAAAAAAAUACCUUUCGCCCUUAACCCGGAGUGUUUUUACUUAAUUGAAUCUCUCGGAGGCUUUCUUCGCUUUGGAUUUUCUUUUCAUUUCUAUUUUUUUCUCCUUUUGAUGGCUUGCAAGUUGGACUGAAGCAGAGUUUGGAAAGCAAAAGUUUGUUUUAGGGCUGGAUUUAUUUGCAAACCACAGGAAGAAGAAAAUACAAGGGAGAGAGGGGUUGGUGCAGAGCCGCGAUCACGGAGUUCAGAUGUGUUCUAAGCCUGCUGGAGUGAUCACCCUUCAGAAUCCUGAUGGAGACAAGAGCUCAGAAUGGCAGUGGGUCCCAGCCCUUGUUACAGGCUCCCCGUGACAGUGGCAGGCAGCAUGGGGAGCCUGACCUGAGAGAUGCUCUCACACAGCAGGUUCAUGUGUUGUCACUGGACCAGAUUAGGGCCAUCCGAAACACAAAUGAAUAUACCGAGGGACCUACAGUAGCUCCAAGACCUGGGGUCAAACCUGCCCCUCGACCCACCACUCAACACAAAAAUGAAAGACUCCAUGGAUUAACUGAACACCGUCAGUUUAGCCGGGUCCAGCAUUCACAGACACAUUCUUUUGUUCGAGCACCUCUGUCUCGAUCCAUUAGCACUGUGAGCACGGGAUCCAGAAGCAGUACAAGGACAAGUACCAGUAGCAAUUCCUCGGAACAAAGACUUUUAGGAUCAUCCUUUUCUUCUUCAGGGCUAGUUGCUGAUGGGAUAAUCCGGGUGCAGCCCAAAUCUGAGCUCAAGCCAGGUGAACUGAAGCCCUUGAGCAAGGAAGACUUGGGUCUGCAUGCCUACAGGUGUGAGGAUUGUGGGAAGUGUAAGUGUAAGGAGUGCACCUACCCAAGGCCUCUGCCAUCAGACUGGAUCUGUGACAAACAGUGUCUUUGCUCAGCUCAGAACGUGAUUGAUUAUGGGACUUGUGUAUGCUGUGUGAAAGGCCUCUUCUAUCACUGCUCCAAUGAUGAUGAGGAUAACUGUGCUGACAACCCCUGCUCUUGCAGUCAGUCUCAUUGCUGUACUCGGUGGUCUGCCAUGGGGGUCAUGUCUCUCUUUCUGCCUUGUUUGUGGUGUUACCUUCCAGCCAAGGGUUGCCUUAAGUUGUGCCAGGGGUGUUAUGAUCGAGUUAAUAGGCCUGGGUGCCGCUGUAAAAACUCAAAUACAGUUUGUUGCAGGGUUCCCAGUGUCCCACCUAGGAACUUUGAAAAACCAACAUAGCAUCAUUAAUCAGGAAUACAGCAGUAAUAAUAAGAAUUCUCUUCUCUACUUCUCUCUUUUUCUGUCUGUCUUUUUCUCUUUCUUUUUCUUUCU